GAGAGAGAGAGAGACAAUGGAGGAAGAGGAGCACGAGGUGUACGGCGGAGACAUCCCAGACGAGGUCGACAUGGAAGGGGCUGACAACCCCGAUGUCGACAUGGCUAGGGCAGACGAAGACGCCGCUGCUACCAAGGAACUGGAUGAGAUGAAGAAGAGGCUUAAAGAGAUGGAGGAGGAAGCUGCUGCUCUGCGUGAGAUGCAGGCCAAAGUCGAGAAGGAGAUGGGCGCUGUUCAAGAUCCUGCCAGUGUUGCUGCAGCACAAGCAAGCAGGGAAGAGGCAGAUAAUCGGUCGGUCUUUGUUGGUAAUGUUGAUUACUCGUGCACUCCAGAAGAAGUCCAGCAGCACUUUCAGUCCUGUGGGACCGUAAACCGAGUUACGAUCCUGACAGACAAGUUUGGUCAACCAAAGGGCUUUGCGUACGUUGAGUUUGUGGAAUUGGAAGCUGUUCAGAAUGCUCUCCUUCUAAACGAGUCUGAACUACAUGGUCGUCAAUUGAAAGUGUUGGCAAAAAGAACCAAUGUUCCUGGAAUGAAGCAGUUCCGUCCUCGACGCUUCAAUCCAUAUCUUGCUUACCGGUCCCGGAGGCCAUAUAUGCCUCCAUAUUUCUACUCACCAUAUGGAUAUGGGAAAGUUCCUAGAGGUUCACUGAGUGAGCUGCUUUGAUGUUGCAGGAAAGUUCCUAGAUUCAGGAGACCAAUGCGUUACAGGCCCUACUUUUGAGGCGGCCUAGGGCAGAUCAUUGUGUUUAUCCUUUCAUAAAGGACUGGUGACAUGAUAUUGUUGCUAGAGCGGAUUUCUUAGGGCUUGGUGGAUACAGCUUGCUUGGAUUUUGAAGCUACCACCUUGUGUCAGCCAUACCUCUAUUCUGUAGAUGACUAUGGACUAGUUAUGCAUUCUUUUACAACCUAACCGAGGCCUUGAUAAAUAGAGUGAACUCCCAGAAAUGGCUUGCUUUUAUAAUCAGUACUAAGUCUUGUUAAUUUGGUGGGUCUAUAGUCUAUAACAAGAUAGGAAGACCCCCUAAACGGAUUUGUAUCUUUUUAAAAGUGAAAGGAAAAAAAAAAGAGAAGGGAUAGAGUUGGUGGUUCCCAUGAUAUUCCCUCUCAUUAUAUAUGUUCUCCUGCCUAUGUUGUCGCAUUUAAUGCAGGGCCAAUAAACAUUUUCUCAUAUUCCUUAA